AUGUGUGAUAAGGACGAUAAUACGAAAUGGUCGGCCACAAUUGAGGAUUUUUAUGUAGAACUGAUAUGCGAAGAGUCAAAGACUGGGAUUCAAACAUCCACUCUGGACAGAAAAACGUGGAUGAAAAUUGCUAAUGAAAUAGCAAUUAAGUUUGGUAAGCAUUUCACAGCAGACCAGCUUAAAGCAAAGUGGAAUAGGGUUAGACGUAGCACGAGAGAGUUUAAGGCAUUAAUUGAAACAACAGGAUUUGGUUGGGAUUCUGAGACUAACACUGUCACAGCUGAAAAAGAAGUAUGGGAUUCAUAUGUGGCGGGGUCAAUGAAUGCACAUACUGCCGUCAAUAUUUUGAAUGCGGUGAAAAGGGCAGCCACAAUACCGAAAGAGGUGGAGGAGGGUACAGGAGACUCGGAUGAAGUCCGGAGUGCAGAAGACAAUAGAAACAGACGGUCUCAGUGUCCUACUACUCGAUCCAAGAAGAAGGGCAAGAACAUCAGUGCAGUUGACACGACCAUAGAGGCUUUGGCAAAGAGUGCUACCCUACGUAGUAAGACAUCUGUUCAAAAGAUUGAUUUGUUUCAGCAAUUUUUAGCUGAUAGGCAAGCCCGUACUAUGACAUUAGUUGAGGCUCAGAAAGAGGAUCCAACUACAACUAUUGAAGCCUGUAUGGAUUUGUUGAAUGGGUAUGAGCCGUAUUUAGAGGACAAUGCAUAUAAUAAGGCAACGCACCAGUUGGCUCUUGACAUUUCCCUUAGGAGGAUGUUUGUGAAAAUGCCCCCUCAUCGGCAUCUUUCAUGGAUUCAAAGCCUAGUGGAAUGA